AUGAAUAAAUCUGAUUUUGGGAUAGUUGGUUCAUCAUCUCCUAAAAAAUUUAAUAGACUAAAUUAAUCACAAUAAUUAAUCCCUCAAGAAUGUUUACCGAUAACAAAUUAGGGUUUUAAUUCUUCUCCAAGAAAAGAAAAAUAUAAAAAAUACAUUAAAAAUACUCACUAUCUAAGAGUACAAUAUUCUUCUUAUAUUUUAAUCAUAGGAUAAUGAAAGAAAAAAGCCUGUAUGGUGUCACAUCUAUUAAUAUUAAAUGAAUGCAACUGAAUUAGAAAUGUCUAAAAAAGGAAGUAUAAAAAUUUAAGAAAAAAAGGAAUUUGUAGAAUUUGCAUGAUGGAAGAGGAAACCUCAAGAUUUAUAUAUCCUUGUAAAUGUAAGGGGUCAUAAUAAUAUGUACAUGAAGAAUGCUUUAAAAGUUGGAUUUUAACAAAAAAUAUUGUUGAAAAAGUACUUAAAAAAGAUGUAAUAAUGAUUAUAUUUUAAUUAACAGAUUAGCUGUGAAGUUUGUUCGUAUAAAAUUAAUAUGAAGGUAACAUAUUAGGAUAAAGUUUAAUUUUCUCUUUUUAAAGUUAUUCCAAAGCACUAAAAAGUUUGUUGGUUAAUCCUAUUUUUCUUGAUUUUAUUAUAAAUAAUUGGAGCAUCUCUCUUAGCUGUUUUAGUAGGUUUUCGAAACUUUGGAAUUGUAGCUGUUAUAACAUUAUUAACAGGAUUUUCUGCUGCUUUACUUUUUUAUCUAAUUGCUUAGGUGAUUAAUAGUCUCUCUAUAGAUAUAAUAGAUUAAUGGAUUUUCUCAAAUUAUAGAGCAGAAAAUAAUCUCAAUCUAGUUGAUUUGUAAUAAUAAAAUUUAAAUUCUUAAUAAUAAAUAAAUUGUAGUCCAAAAAGCCCUAAAUAAAGGAGAAAAUCAUGUGUACCUCAAGUUGGAGGACUUUAAAUUAUUCAAUUUUAAUAAUAUCCUUCUGAUAUUUGA